AGGGGAGGAGGGAGGGAAGGAGAGACAGCACUGUGGACUCAGACUGGGGGGAUAAUAAAAAGAGGAGGGCAGAAAGAAGUUUGACAUACUUAAAACAAAGAACACAGCAAUUGCUAGUUGAGCUGUUUUCAGCUGCUGCAGACAGAGCAUCUUUGUGUUUCUACUACAUCACAAAACCUCAGGAUUUUUAUGCUGCAUGUGGAAAAGAAAACAGACUGGAACGUAAUCAGCUCCACUGACAACAGAUAGUGGAGAGAAGCAGCAGCAGGAGACCAGAGCUGCAGGAAACCAACAUACCACCACUAAACAGAUAAGGCUUGAGGAGAGAACCUCCAAAUACACCAAACUCUUCAACUUCACACAAGGAAAAGAGAGGAAGGUAACCUUGUUUCUAAAGAGGUGUUAAGAGUUUAAGGGAAAAAGAGAAAACUAAAAGGACUUUGUUGAAGUGUGAGCGAAGAGCGGGUGCGUGGAGGACUGACCGAACCAAUCUUAAGAAGUGAGAAAAGAACAACAAGAGGUCCAUUUAGCCCCGCAGCACAAUUUCACUAUGAGUAUGACUGGUACUCUAGAGAAGGGGGCCCACCACCAGGCCUUGGACCUGUCCGAGGAACUGCCGCCUCAUCACCACCAUCAUCACCAAAUCAACCAACACCAGCACCUUCAGCACUCCAACUCCCUGGCCUCCACAACCGCCAUGGGUGGAGGCAGAGAAACACCUUCACGUGUGGUUGUACCUCCUCCUUAUUCUGCAGCCGAGAGCGGUGGAGGGGGCAGUGAGGGUCCUCUGGAGCUGCGAGGGACCCUGGACUGCUGGGCCUGCUCGGUGCUGGUGACAGCUCAGAACCUGAUUAUUGCCACAAUCAACGCCUGCCUCGCUGGACUGGUGUUCGGGACCAUCCUGACACCGGCCACUGUCAUGGUGGUGUUUGGCUUCCUCUGCCACUCUACAGUCCGCCCUCAUGGGACAACCCCCUACUGCUCAGACCUGCUGACUGACGGAGGCUGCGUGGCUCUGUUGGUAGUGGGCUUCCUCUUGGUCACCCCUCUCCUAGUCCUGGCGCUGGCUGCAUACUGCCGUCUGGCUCGUCACCUCCAGCUGGGUCUGUGCUUCAUCCCAUACAGCAGGGCCGUGUACAAAAACCUGCCAGCCACCCAGCAUCGCGGCCUGGGCACUGGCUGCUGCGGUGGCCGAGAUGGAACCAAUGGUAGCGGGAAGGGAAAGGUCUGGGUAUGAGCUAAAGAUCAGAGGAAAGGACAAAGAUGGAGAGCAGGUUGAAGAAGACAAUUAAAUAAAGUGUAUGAAGGGAACUGAACAAGAAGAGGAGUGUGAGUGUAUACCAGAGAAGGGAGAAGCUGUUUAGGGCAAUUUCAGUAACAAGCAGAUGAACAUCAAGGAAGACAAGUUACAUUACACUACUGACUAACAACUUACUCCCCUAUGAGUUAACUUUGGCACAACCGUACCAACUGUUCAGAAAAAAAAAUAACAUGGUGUACUAAAGAAUUUUGUUGACUGGUAUUAUUUCACUGGACACAUUAAUCGCAGUUGGAAUUUAGACUAUUUUCUAACUUUCCAGAUACAACAUAAUGUCUUUAAGUAUUGAGCAAAGGACAAACGGAGUGUGUAAUCUCCAGAAUACAUCCCCAGGUCAAAUGCAUACCAUUUCAUUUACACAACCAGAAAUAAGAAAAUAUCACCUAACUAAACUGAAUAAAUCAAAUCAUCUAAUCCGACCUGUAUACAAUUUUAACUUUUCUGAAUGAUUUAGAGGAAAUAGUAAAACUGAAAACACACCUCAAAAAGUUUGUAUUGUUACUACACAAGGUAUCUAUCCAUUAUAUUAUUAUGAAAAAUGUAUGUCUCAUGCAGUUUCCUGUUACAUUGUUGCAAUCUGUCUCACAAUUUCUUGUGUUAUUUCCUUUUUAUAAAUAAAGCUUUUGGAUUCA